AGAGGCAGACGCUGAGCUGUGUUCAGUCGCUGUUGUGGCUGGGAGGGAGGCAGCACAGGCAGUCAGCGUCUUUGGUUGACCGUGAUACAGCCUGAGGUGAAACAGGAGUCUCUUUUAAACUGACCCACCGAGCGAAAACAACAACCGCUGGCUUCCCCCGGACAAACUCCGGCUCGGCUCGACACCUUUAAAUCCGGCAGGUGCCGAGGAAACGGAAAAGCUGCAGAAAGACUGGGUGGUGAAGGUCGACAGGAUGCUCAGCCAGCUGUUUGUUUCCUUGUGAAUGGAUUAGAAGAGGCAGGUUGCGACCAUGCGUUGUCUGGCUGCUCGGGUGAACUAUAAGACCCUCAUCGUCAUCUGCGCCCUCUUCACGCUCAUCACCGUGCUGCUGUGGAACCGCUGCUCCAGCGACACGUCCAUACGCUUCCUGCCCCGGGCCGGCCCGGUGGCUCCGAGUCCCAGGAUCGGAGACGCCAGCAUCAGCAGCCAGCAGCAUCCUCCUCAGCCUCCGGAGCCUCCGCCCGUCGUCGGGGUCGUCGGCGGCAUCAAGUACGAGGAGAUCGACUGCCUGAUCAAUGAUGAAUCCACCAUCAAAGGCCGGCGAGACGGCGGCGACGUCUACCUGCCCUUCUCCUGGAUGGAGAAGUACUUCGAGGUGUACGGGAAAAUCGUGCAGUACGACGGCUACGACCGCUUCGAGUUUCAGCACAGCUAUUCCAAGGUCUACACCCAGAGAGAGCCCUACCACCCCGACGGAGUCUUCAUGUCCUUCGAAGGAUACAACGUGGAGGUCCGAGACCGAGUCAAAUGCAUCAGUGGAGUGGAAGGCGUGCCUCUGUCCACUCAGUGGGGUCCUCAGGGCUACUUCUACGCCAUCCAGAUCGCCCAGUACGGCCUGAGCCACUACAGCAAGAACCUGACUGAGCGCGCUCCCCACGUGGAGGUCUACGACACCGCCGAGGAGAGGGACAGCCGGGUCAGCACGGCGCCGUGGAGCGUUCCCAAGGGCUGCGGUCUGAGCCGUGUCCACGACAAGACCAGAGCUACCUCCGUUCGUCAGUUCAGCGCUCCAGAGUCCUCAGAAGGAGUUUCCCUCCAGCUGGGGAACUCCAAAGACUUCAUCCUCAGCCUGGACGUCAAGUUCAUCUCCAACGGCAGUGUGUCGGUGAUCCUGGAAACCACUGAGAAGGGAGCGCCCUUCACGGUCCACUACGUGACCAACACUCAGCUCAUCGCCUUCAAAGACCGUGAGAUCACCUACGGCAUCGGGUCCAGAACCGCCUGGAGCACUCUGACCCGGGACCUGAUCACCGACCUCAGGAAGGGCGUCGGACUGUCCAACACCAAGGCUGUGAAGGCCACGAAGAUCAUGCCCAGACGGGUGGUACGGUUGGUCCUCCAUGGACGAGGCUUCGUGGACAACGUCACCAUCUCCACCACUGCCCACAUGGCCGCCUUCUUCGCCGCCAGCGAAUGGCUGCUGCGUAACCAGGACGAGCGAGGCGGGUGGCCCAUCAUGGUCACCCGCAAGCUGGGCGAAGGCUUCCGGCCCCUGGAGCCAGGCUGGUACUCGGCCAUGGCUCAGGGUCAGGCCAUGUCCACCCUGGUGAGGGCCUACCUGCUCACCAAGGACCAGGCUUACCUCAACGCUGCCCUCAAGGCAGUGGGACCCUACAAGGUGCCUUCAGCGCAGCACGGGGUCAAAGCCGUGUUCAUGAACAAAUACGACUGGUACGAGGAGUACCCCACCACGCCCAGCUCCUUCGUCCUCAACGGCUUCAUCUACUCCCUGCUGGGACUCUACGACUUGACUGAGACGGCCGGAGAGAAGCUGGGCAGAGAGGCCGGCCAACUGUUCAGCCGCGGCAUGGAGUCCCUGAAAGCCAUGCUGCCGCUCUUCGACACGGGGUCCGGGAGCAUCUACGACCUUCGCCACUUCAUGCUGGGCACGGCGCCCAACCUGGCACGCUGGGACUACCACACCACGCACAUCAACCAGCUGCAGCUGCUGGCCUCCAUAGACAACUCUCCCAUCUUCAAAGAUGUGGUCAAGCGCUGGAAAAACUACUUAAAAGGGAUCCGUGCCAAGCACAACUAGACUCAACUAGAACCCACACAUGUAGUAUAGAGCUGAGAUGAAAAGAGGAUCAAUAUAUUGUGUGUGUGUGAGCUGACUGGGUGGUUGAAUGAAGCCGGUUGUUGUGUGUCUGUGUGCAUCAGGUUCUGGUCUGAAGGAAGCUUCAGUCAGCUGCAGCUCUCAACUAAAACUCUCAUGUGCUCCGUUGCAGCUUUUAUAUUUUCUGCAACGUCGACUGUAGCUCCCCUCUCCCGUUUCUUUUCUUUUCCUUGAGCUAGUGUUUGUAAUUAUGCACAGACCUAGUUCCAGAGUUUGUGUGUUUGCUUUUAGGAUGAGUGUGUUGUUGAAAAUACCGAUUUAUGACGUUUUAGGAAGAUGAAACUCACAUUACCGACGUUCUUUCAAGCAUCCGCCAUGCUUCACUUUUCCAGCUCUAUUUUUUUAUCAUCACAUCUCAGAUCUGCAGAAGUUUAUUAGAGCGAUUGAACUGUAAAUAACAGAAUAUAUUAUAAAUUAUUUGAAGGAGAAUGUUGCCAAAAAACGAAUCCUUUCAAUGUAAGAUCUUUAUUCCUCCACCGAAACAUUUUUAUUGGAGAACUUUCAAAUGUGGAAUAUUAUGAAGAAAAGCUACAGAAUCGAACGCUUUAUGCUUCCAAAACCUUUAUUUUCUGAAGCUCUGUUCUCUAAAAUGAGAAUACAUAAUAACAGUUAAUUAUACUCCUUUAUUUUUUUCUUUCGUCAUGAAUUAGUUGUCUAUGAAGCUGCUUGAAAUCAGCCUGGAGGAAUAAACAACCAUAUUUGACGUAACAUGCUGCAACAUCAUGAACGUUUCUGUUGCAUUCAGGUUUGCAACAGUCGUUAAAAAACGUUACUAAUUUGUCAUAAUUAGCAUUAGUAUUACCUACAGACUGGUGACAAAUUAAAGGAAAACCAACAAUUAUGAGUCUUAGUGAGGUGGAAAAAGCUUCGGUGCUCCUUGGCGUUGAUUCUAAAAGUCUCUGAAUGUUAUUCCAACAGAUAUUCCCUCAUUUGGUGUUUUGAUGAUCAGAAUCAACAUUAGAUCAGUGAAAGCCAGAAUAAACCAAUCCCACCUUUAACACACUCCAAACCUUAUAGUGACUCCUAGUCCAAGGAUGGAGGUGUUCACUGAGUGUCCAAAAUGAUUUUUAAAGCAAAUUUCUAAAGUAUCGCAUACAAAAAACUUAAUGGAAACGGUAACAAAACUCCGUUAAUUUCACCUAAAAAUGGUUUGCUUGAAGAGAUAUUUGAGUUACUGCAGCUCACAGGAGGUGGAAACUAAUUUUUCAGGUGAUUUUAGACAUUGCAAGCAUGUAUGUGUUAUAAGAGGCAUAGAAAUAUUUCCUGAGGAUAGAAGUGAUGCUCAGAACAAACUGUGGGGACAAGUCGGCUCAAAUCGUGACGGCAAAAAGAGAACCUCCAGAUUCCAGUUUUUCCUUUAAUUCGUCGCCCGUCUUAAUUUGUGACGGUCGUUCGUAGCUGCUUUGGUGUUGGUCGGUCACAAAAAACCCACCAAAUUCUUGUGUUGUUGUAAAGCAAGACUACAAAUAAUUAGCUGAGUUUGGCUCAGAGAUCCCGACUGAGUCAGUUUAGUACCGAGAUGAUCACAGACGAUCAUGAGUCAGAAAUUAACACGACUCCAUCAAAUCAAACCUCAGCUCUUUUCAUUGGCACAGUUUAGGGGGAAAAAAGGUUUAAAUUGUGCUGCCAGCAUCUUAAACAUGUGGAAAUGAAACAGUUGUGGCUAAAAGUUGCAUAUUUACAUUCAAAUUUAUUGGAAUUAAUGUGCAGAGUCCCUGAUGAUAAGCUAAGCUACAGUCAGUGGAGGCUAAGAAACGUCACUUGAAGGGAUUUCUGGAUCAUAAAAACAGUGGAAAUAACUUUUAAACCGAUGCAAAACAUUAGCUCGUGCUCCAUCUGUCUUCUUUAACUCCAGCUUCACUGGUUGUAGUCGCAUUUCCAUUCAUUUUCGUGCCCUCUUUUCGAUCUUUUCUGACUUGAAAACCCUUCUUCUGCAACCCAAACCUUAAAACUAAUAAUCCAAGUGUAGCUGUCUGUUGUGAGUCUGAAUAGAUAGUUGUGGUCAGCGGCUGCAGCGUCGAUUCAUAACGUUUAACCAGACGCUGAAGCAGGCACAUAAAGAGGCCGUCGGUCCCUGCAGGCUCCCGUCGCUCCUCUCGGCCGUCGCGAGCGCACGAGCUCAGCGUUUUUAAUGCGAGCGCUGCCCUGUUGACCGCCGAACGAGGAGAAAGAGGCUCGCCAAGACACUAACAAUUCACCCGGCUAAUAGGCUGGAGAGGCUGGCGCUAGUCACGGAUGAGUCAGCAUUCGCCGGCAUCACAAACACACGAGCGGCCCUCGGCUUCCAUGAGGCUUUCAUCGAUCUGCCUUAAAGAUUAUUAACGGGAAGCCGGAGACUCGGGCUGUUUUUGUUCUUAAGGUGAAGACAGUGAAGCUUUCCGGUCGUCGUAGGAGAAGAAGCAGCACUCGAUUCAUUUAAAAGCCCUGCUGCUUUGUUUUACAACUGUUACCUUCCUGAACAUACAGCUUCAUCUGCAGCUGAUUUAUUAGAGAUAAUCUAAGUUAGAAUAUUAGGAUUAAAAAGUGGAAUUCUGUUCACUUUUCAGCUCAGUGUAUACAACUUAUGUGGCAAAAAUCUGCACAUUUCAUCCGGUUCAUUCACAGAAUACGGCAUUUAGUUCCAGAAAUAAGCCCUCUAAUGUAGUAAUGAGAGCUUUUCUUGUAAUAUUCUGAUGUUUUCCUAAAAAAACAUUUAAUUGUCAAAAAUUUGCAACCUCAACCACUAAACUUAGAGUAGUUCUUUUUUUUCCAUCUCAGUCUGAUUUUUAAGAGGUUUCUGCUGAUUUUUCUUUCUUUUUCUUGAUGAGGAAAUAGUUUUCCCGUAGAAGAGAUUUGAUUUGUUCAAUCUGAGGUUUUUGUUUUCUCGCUGACCCUUGUUUUGUUCUCUUCCCAUGAAUAUUUGCAUAAUUUAUCAUUUUCCAUUUCCAGAGGUGGAGUUUAAAGGGAACAUUCAGGAGUGGAAGGUCUGCGUGUUGUUUAUACCAAAGUCAUUGAUUUGAUUAUUAGUAUCUUUGAAUUUGUAUAUUUUCGUGCGAAGCGACUUCCAUUCAGCAUUUAGUCUCUUCGGAGACGUCACGGAGAGACACUGCCUUUUGAGAAAUGCUAGUUUUUUCAGAUGUAGGUUGAAUAGAUUCUAGCAGAUCAGAUGUAAAAUGUGCUUAUUGUGACGGGGGGGUGUGCAACUAGAGAUUAGCGUUUAGUCAGCUACUGAUUUAAAGGGAAAUGAGCCAAUAGCUGCAAAUUCUCCUUGAAAGUCUGUUUUGUUUUUCUUUUGGAAUCAUCUGCUGAGGAUUAGGAUGGGUUUUGCUCGAUAGACAAAAAGCACAACUGCCGUUUCUUGUUUAUUUUGGUUGUAUUUCUUUCUUGGAUUCCUUUUUUUUUUUCUAUUUUUCUUUCCAGGACAAUGUGCAACGCCUUCAUUAAGAAAGCUGCUACUGUUGUUCACUGUGUAAUGGGUGUGAGAGCUUCUUUUCCCCUCAUUUCCGUGGUUCUUUCUCUCGUCUUUCCACUCUCUGUUCAGACACUUCAACAAAUGGCCGCCGAGGUCAAAUGUGAUUUAUGCAAUAAAAUGUUUACUGGGGUCGUGACGCCACGAGAGGCCCAGAGUGGUUGUACAGACUUUGCAAUCGAAGCACAAUGUGCGAAAUGCUACCAUUUUUUAGUCCAAGGAAGAGAGGUGUUUAUAUACAGAGUAAAUCUUUGUGCUUUAAAAUUUUGCUUUUUAAAGGUGUAAAAAAAUUAAAGCAUUUUUCUUAAA